AUGUGCCGCAUGACCAAAGUUUUCGAGGUCCGCGGAAAUAUAUAGUAUAAUAUAUUGACCAGCCACGCUGGGUGAAGAUUUCAGAGGGACCACGCCGCACAGCCCAGUUUAGUAUAACAAAAGACAUCAGUCAUGGAUGAAGGCAGUGUAGAGAAACCGGUAGAUGAAGAGGCUGGAAACGAUGCAAACAUGUUUCAGAGAUUUCUUGCCGAUAUGGAGAAGAAAUUAAAAGAAAUGUUACCAGACAAUGGUGCUGACUCAGAAACUGGAGAACAAACAUUGCUGCGAUUUGAAGAAUUAAAGAAUAGAGUGAAGAAGAUGGAGCAAUCUGCGAGUAGGCCUCGAACAAAAACACGAAUUACAGAAAUAGAAAGUGACGUUUUAGCCGAAGAAGCAAGAAAAAGAGAGAUCGAUCGUGUUCUUCAAAUGAUGGCAGCAGCACAAGCAGUUGAUCUAUGUUUUCUCGUCGAUUGCACUGGAAGUAUGGCAUCGUACAUUCAAGGGGUCAAAGACAAGAUCAAGGGAAUCAUUGAGAAAUCCAAACGAAUGCUUCCAGAUUUGAGUUUCUCCGUCGCGUUCGUCGGCUACCGCGAUCAUUGUGAUGGCACCGACCGGACAGUCGUUUUGAACUUUACGACUUCAAUCCUGGAAUUCCAAAGUUUCAUGGAAUCUGUUUCAGCCAAAGGUGGUGGCGAUGCUCCCGAGGAUGUUUUUGGCGGCAUUGAAGAAGUUACUAAGCUUUCCUGGGUAAAACAAACACGAAUUUUGUUCCACAUCGCCGACAGCCCUUGCCACGGGACACGUUUUCACGAUCCUAGUGUCGGCGACGAGUAUCCCAACGGAGAUCCCCGUGGACUGCAUAUUGAAGAUUUACUAUCAAAGUUGGACGAGCUCAAAAUAAUCUAUUGGUUUGCUAAGCUUGGUAACACAACCGAUUUGAUGAUAAAAGUUUUCCAAAGCAUUAUGAAGAUUAAUGAAAUUGAUCUGGCGUCCGCUGACGAUCUUGUUGGAGCGGUGGCUGGUUCCAUCUCCGCUUCCGUGGGUAUCCACGAAGAAAAUAUCGGAGAUGAGGUGAUGAGAGAAGGCGUAAAAGGUGAGAUCAAGUACAAGAUAGAUCACGGACUACCUGACUGGGGGUCGCUAGAAAAGAAACAUAUAACUGUGUGGAAAAACAAGAUUCCUCGUGAUCUAGACAAAUUUCGUAAACCUUUAGAGGUGUACCGUGAAACGACAUGUUCCAUAAAGAUUGCUGCCAACCCAUUUGCUGAAGGAAAGUUGAGGAUUGCCUAUUAUGGAAGAUAUGCCAGCGAAGAGAGCGGGGAUUCCUUAGUUUUGAAGCAGUUUAAAUACACGAGUGAAAAUCAAUUCGCCCGAUAUAAAGAACAGAUGGAAAUUCAAUCAGUUGCCAUAGCUUUGGCCGAUAAGUUCAACGCCAUCAAGCCAGCAGGAACAAGAGACGUCCAUUUCGCUGACGUGUCGAUUGUCACAUUCGUCCAAGGUGAAGAAAAAGUCCAUUAUGCUAUGGAGAAGUAUAUCAAUGGAAAAUAUAUCAAGUUCAACAACAAUGCUGGAUUUGUUAACGAAACUGCGUACACAGCUACACUACACGCAUUCAGUCAUUGGUCGUAUUGGGCUUCCGGAAGAUAUCUCAUGGUUGUUGAUCUUCAAGGCGUGAAAGAAGAAAGCUCUGGUCACGUGAGAUAUGUCUUAACUGAUCCUGCAAUACAUUGUGGUUCUCUCCGUAGAUUUGGCAAGACGAAUCUGGGACGUGAAGGAAUGUAUAAAUUUUUCCGUACCCACUAUUGCAACGGCAUUUGUAAGGCUAUGGCACUGAAGUUCCAUCGUUUUCAGCCAACGGAGGUCUAUACUGAUUUUGCUGGAGCAACUGUAGUCACAACAUGACAUUAUUAUGUAAUAACUUGAAAAUACAAGAUUAUGAUUGGCCAAUUCUACCAUUAACAAUAGUUAAAAUUAACUAUAGUAAAAAUAUUAUUAGCCGGAAACUCUCAGAAAAUCAAAACGUUUUUGAAGGACAAAUCAAAGACCAUUAUAUAACAGUAAUAGCUAUAAUACUAUAUGUUGUAUUAUUUG